AUGGUCGAUAAUGGCGGUAAGGUCGAUUGGGAUGAAUUAGUGAACCGGUGUCAGAUCAUCGCAAAUCCGUUGGCCUCGAGAAAGUUGACGAAAAAAAUUUAUAAAGUUAUUAAAAAAGCCCAAAAGGCCAAACAUUUAAGGAAAGGUAUUAAAGACGUCCAGAAAUGUUUAAGAAAAGGAGAAAAAGGACUGAUAAUCUUAGCCGGGGACACACACCCCAUUGACGUGAUCGCUCAUUUACCCAUCGUCUGUGAAGAGUUUCAACUUCCAUACUGCUAUGUACCAUCAAAAGAAGCAUUAGGAGAGGCCAGUGGCUCGAAACGACAGACGUGUGCUAUGCUUAUUAAACAGCAUGGCGAUUAUAAAGAGCUAUAUCAGGAAUGUGUUGAUGCUGUUUCAUCACUUCCUCUUCCUUUAUAA